AGUCACGACUGUGCGGUCCCCCGCGAGGUGGCCGCGGGCGCGGUGGGGCGGCGCGCUUUCCCCCUGCCCGUGGGGGUGCCGGGGAGGUGGGCAGGGCCGGGGCGGGGGCGAGGCCGGAGGAGGGCGCGUCGGCGCCUCGGCGAGGAUGGGAGUCCCCGGCCUCCGGAGCUGAGCAAGCCGGCCCGCGGCGUGGAGGGCGCGCCGCAGGGAGGCUAGCCUCGCUCUUCCUCCGGGAGCCCAACACCUUUCCCGCGCCGCCAAGAUGAUCCCCCCGAGCGGCGCCCGCGAGGACGGCGUGGAUGGGUUGCCCAAGGAGACGGCGAACGCCGAACAACCUCCCUCUCCUGCAUCCACCGGCAGCCAGGAAUCCAAGCUCCAGAAACUAAAACGAUCACUUUCUUUCAAGACCAAGAGUUUACGGAGCAAAAGUGCUGACAACUUCUUCCAGCGAACCAACAGCGAUGUGAAACUGCAGGCAGACAUGCUUUCGGAGGUCAGCCCCAGCUCCAGUCUGCUCCCUGGCCCCGGAUGCCUGACGUCCACAGUCACCAGGGCCGGCCUGUACCCAGGUGGCGGCAAGGCCCACGCCUUUCAGGAGCACAUCUUCAAGAAGCCCACUUUCUGUGAUGUCUGCAACCACAUGAUCGUGGGAACAAAUGCUAAGCAUGGACUGCGCUGCAAGGCCUGUAAGAUGAGUGUCCACCACAAGUGCAUGGAUGGCCUGGCACCCCAGCGGUGCAUGGGCAAGCUGCCAAAGGGGUUUCGGCGUUACUACAGCUCCCCCUUGCUCAUUCAUGAACAGUUCGGAUGCAUUAAAGAAGUUAUGCCCAUUGCCUGCGGCAAUAAGGUGGACCCUGUCUAUGAGACCCUCCGCUUCGGCACCUCCCUGGCCCAGAGAACAAAGAAGGGCAGCUCUGGCAGCGGCUCCAGUUCGCCUCACGGAACCUCGAUUUCAGAUCUUGUGGAGGUUCCUGAAGAGGCUGACGGGCCAGCAGGCGUGUAUGGCCUACGGAAACGCAGCAACAGCGUGUUCACGUAUCCUGAAAAUGGCACUGACGAUUUCAGAGACCAAGCAAAGAACAUAAACCACCAGGGACCUCUUUCCAAAGACCAAUUACAGAUGAACACCUAUGUUGCCUUGUACAAAUUUAUACCACAAGAGAAUGAAGAUCUGGAAAUGAGGCCAGGAGACGUGAUUACUCUCCUAGAGGACUCCAAUGAAGACUGGUGGAAAGGGAAAAUUCAAGACAGGAUUGGCUUCUUUCCAGCCAACUUUGUUCAGAGAGUACAACAAAAUGAGAAGAUUUUUAAAUGUGUUAGAACCUUCAUUGGGUGUAAGGAACAGGGGCAGAUAACACUGAAAGAGAAUCAGAUCUGUGUGACUUCUGAAGAAGAACAAGACGGCUUUAUCAGAGUCCUCAGUGGAAAGAAGAGAGGUCUGGUCCCCUUCGACGUUCUAGAAAACAUCUGAUCACUGGCCCCUCCUCCUUUUGCAGUUGGCAAACUGCGGUGAUGCCUCACCUCACACUGUGUUAACCCAGAGGGGCUGCCGCGCUGACCCGCCACCCAGGAAACAGUGAGACAAGACUCAAGAAUCUGAGACUGGGGGGGAACAGCCACGAGGCAGGAGGCGCAUCCCACAGCACAUCCAGGCUGCCCAGAGAUGGGGGUGAGGCUGAGAGAGUCGGCCAGCAGAGCCAAGUGCAGUAACCAGCAGGCGGUAACCACCGCCGUCCCCCAGGACUCAGCUCCCUCCCUGUCCAUGUGGUGUCCAUUAACCCUCUGGAGGAUGCUCCAGUCUGUGGAGGGGCCCCAGAUGAGGCUCAGAUCCACGUAGCCAAGUGUGAUUCUGGUUCCAGACCUUUGUCCCCAGUACCAACCAAUCAGCAUCAUCACAUCUGAGCCCCCAGCAGUCUCUCUGCAGAGCAUCAGGAAGCCCUACUUCCUAGCCCCCCCAGUACUCCCCACAAGCCCCCCUCACUGUGAUCGAGCGGUCUCUCUGGCCUCCGAAUAAGUCCUGGUGGCGUGCGUUAGACGUGAGGGGUAAGUUGAUGUGGCACCAACUGCGAAGACCUGAUCUGCCCCCAAAUUGCUGUCAGGCAGCCCCUCCUGCUGCUCUAGUAACUGACAAAGGUGACGGAGGCAGGAUACGAGGCAUGGAAGGAAACAGUGGGCCCAGUGGGGUAAGGUGGGGCAAAGAGCGCUUUGUUAUUGAUGAUUAUACAGCCCUUUCAAUUAUGAAAUCCUCUCCCCAAGGAGAUGGAGCUGGGGAAGUGAAUGUGGAAAAAAGUCUCCGUGAGUGCUUCAUCUUCAUUUGACAUCCUGUCUGGGGACGGUUUCCCCUCCUGCCAUCCUGUAGGACUCCCUUUUGAAGAGAGUUUGAGCCCACCUUGCAGGGAACCAGAAACAUGGAGGAGAACCAAAAACAGCAUCUUAGGAGAAAAGUAGCCAAAUAGGAAUCCAUUCUUCUUUAGGGCAGAAUAUUAUGCCCCAGCAGAUAUAAAGUGGAAAAUAAUCCUUGAUGCUUCAUCCCUCUGAAAGCAGAGCGACUUGGGGCCUAUUGAGCAUCAACUAGAGGAAAUCUCUAUUACCCUGUAUUUGUACUAAUGUUUACAAGAAUGCAAUAUACUGUGAUGCCUUCCUCCUCAAGCCUCCUCCUAGCACUCAAACUUGCAUCUUAUCAGUCAUUAAUGCAGUUAAACUUCAAUUCACAAUGACCUUCGAAUUAAUGUCAGUUUGGUUUAUUUUGUUACGGAGCAAUAAAAUCAUUAGAACAAUUGGAUUUUAAAAGACUUAAGUGGAUGCAUCCUGUGCAUGUAAGCAUUAUUUCCUAAACCAAAGCAUCAUUAGUCUCCGUUUAUUUCUUUUGUUACUGCUCAGUGUGAAGUUGGGAGCUGAGACAGGAUGGCUGCUGGUUUCACAGUAGUUUGGAUGCCUUACUCUCAUUUUAAAGCCAGGAUCCAGAAUUUCCUCCCUCUCUGAUACAACAUGCAAAACUGAGUGUACAGAAUCAAGAUGGAUUCUUCGAGAGCCAGGGUGGAUAACAUGACUGCCAUUCCAUAAAAUGGAACGCCAGAAUACAAACACUCUUUGCCUCUAAUUCAAUAUUCCAUUUAAUAAAGAAAACACAAUGGCUGGAAAGAGCAUAGAAAA